AUGAAGAAUAGAAGGAUGUUUAAGUGGGUUGUAUAUCUACUUGACCUACCUAAGUUGAUCGGGGGCUCUCCGUCUUUCGGUCUCACAACACAACCAUUGAAGAACGACCCAACCCUAACCAUCGUUGCUGCAGUUUGUGUUUCACCAUCGUCGAAACCAAGAACCCCGUCGUCGUCGCUCAUUGACGUCCGUCAAUACUCUGCCAUCAAUCGACUGAGUGAUUGCCUCCAAUUCGACGUUCACCUGCACCAAAUCCACCGGUUCAUACUGAUGUUCGAUAAAAUUCCCCAGUGA